AUGGAGCGCUGCAGCGUCGACCGAGAUGCCCUGCUGGGUCCCGGAGCGACGCUGCGCCGCCUGAUGGGUCUGUGGCCGCUGCGGGGCUCCGGCGCAGCGCGACUCGGCUCCGCCCUGCUGGCCGGUUUCUCGCUGCUCUGCAUCGCCUGCCCCGUGCUCUCUGCCGGCCUCAAGCUCUACAUGGACCCGCCACGAAAAAUUGAGGAGACGGCACUUUCAUGUUUCGUGGCUUUCAUUUGCAGCGUAAUGUGGAUCAAGGCGGCGGCGGUGCCUGCUUUGAUGGGCUGGGUGUCGUCGCCGCUGCUGUCGCACGGGGUCCACGGGGACGAUCACCCAUCGCCAGACAGCAAACGACAGCUGCCCGUCUCCCUCUGGCUGCCGAUGGAAGUCCACACAUCGCCCACCUACGAGAUACUGUACGUGGCCCAGUCCAUCGGUCUAACCAUAGCGGCAGAAUCUACAGUCUGCAUCGACAUUUUCUUUUUCCAUAUGAUGCUGGUGAUAGGAGCAGAGCUCAAAGUUUUGAACGAGAACAUUUCUGCUGUGCAUAAGUUUCGUAAGGAGACAGGAAAGUCAAAACAUCAAGACUGUAUUUAUGAAUAUCAGGCAACGAGUGAAACUACGAUGCUGUCUUGUGGUGACUCUUAUACAGCAGGCCUCCUAGAACAACGCUUGCAGCUGCAGCUGGUGGAUAACAUUCAGCACCAUCAGACACUCCUCAGGUCAGUGUAG